AUGGACGACAAGAUUGAAAUUGUCGGCGAUCCAAUCUAUGACGAUGAUGAUAGAGAAGAGGAUCUGGUUAUUUUCACCAAUGAGGACCAACAUUAUUGCCUCCCCACCAUGGAAGCGCAAGAUUGGAGCGAAGAGGCUGUGCAACCAGCAGGUGAUUGGAGAGCUGUUCCUGGAUGUUGUUUUGUUAAAUAUGCAACUUUUGACGAGGCUGAUAGAGCAGAGCCAUCAGGGCUUUACAUAAUCAAUAUACUUUACCUGGAGGAACAGGACCUAUUCAGAGAGAUGGCAGCUGCAGCUUUGAAUGCUCUUAAUGGAACUUUUGUGAUGAGGGGAUGUGAUCAAUCUUUGAAAUUGGAUGUACUGUCCGAGAAUUCUCCACUCCCUCAAACUGAGAGUAUCCUGAAUGACACAGUGGCAUCUUCUCUGACAGAUUCAUUAGACAGAAUAACAAAUAUUAAAGUUCAAAAUAGUAAGCUGAUAGAAGAACAUUCCACUGUCAUUGGCUCGGUUACUAAUUCAAUCCAGUCUGGGAUGAUCACUUCAGAUGAAAUGGAUCUUUUAGUUGAACAAGUAAAAAUGCUUGCUGGUGAGAUUGCAUUUAGUACAAGCACCCUAAAGCGAUUGGAGCAGUCUGUAGAUGAUCCGGAUGGAAAAAAGAUUCAAAUUGAGAAUUUGGAGUGUGAAAUACAGGAGAAACAAAGACAAAUUAGAGUGUUGGAGCAGCGCAUUAUGGAGAAUGGUGAAGCUUCAAUGACCAAUGCUACUUUGUUGGAUAUGCAACAAACUGUUGUGAGAUUAAUGACCCAAUGCAAUGAGAAGGGAUUUGAGUUAGAGUUAAAGUCUGCUGACAAUCGAAUCCUUCAAGAGCAACUUCAACAAAAGUGCUCUGAGAUCAAGGAUCUAGAAGAUCAGGUCUUUCAUCUUCAACAGCAGCUAAGUUCACUCAAAUUUGAGAAACAUCAGGAACUUGUUCCUGAAGAAGUCAAUAGUUUAAAAUGUAAACUUCAGUCUCAGGUGGAUGAGAAUGUUAAAUUUAUUACUGAGCGACUUCAAUUGAUUGAGGAGAAUAAUGAAUUGCUUAGCCACAAUAAAAGAUUAGCUGAAGAAGCUUCUUAUGCCAAAGAAUUGGCUUCUGCUGCUGCUGUGGAACUCAAGAAUUUGGCUGAAGAAGUUACAAAACUUACACUGCAAAAUGCAAGACAAGCUAAAGAUUUAUUAACUGCACAGGAUUUAGCUUAUUCAAAAACUGCUAAUGGUGCCACUCGCAGAUUCUCUGAAAGUAAGAAUGAGACAAUCAAACUCGGUAGAAGGAGUCGGCCUGCCAGCAGAAAUUCUGGUGGAGGAAACACUAAUAUCGAGAAUUGGGACCUCGAUCUAGAUGGAAUAAGAAUGGAAUUGCAAGUCAGGAAACAAAGAGAGGCUAGUUUAGAAGCUGCUUUAACUGUAAAAGAACACCUGGAAGAAGAUUACAAAAGAAAGCUUGAUGAAGCAAAGAAACGAGAAAAAACUUUAGAGAAUGAUUUGGCAAACAUGUGGGUGCUGGUUGCUAAACUAAAAAAGGGUGCUCAAUCUACAAACUUCAAUCCUGAUAAAUCAUCUACAACCCUGGUUGAUGCUUUGGAUAAUAUCCAAAUGAUAGAUGAGCACAAUGGCUCUCCUGAAUAUGGAGUAUCGCCGGAUUCUUUGGUCAAGCUGAAUAAUGAUCAAUUGAAUCAUAGUCAAGAAGAUGAACCUAUGCUUGUACGCUUGAAGGCAAGAAUUCAGGAGAUGAAAGAAAAAGAAUUUGACUUUUCAAGGAGCGGGGAUACAAACUCUCAUGUUUGUAAAGUAUGUUUUGAGUCAUCAACUUCUGCAGUACUACUUCCAUGUCGACAUUAUUGCUUGUGCAAACCUUGUUCACUUGCCUGCUCAGAGUGCCCACUUUGUCGCACUAAGAUUGUUGAUCGGAUCAUUACCUUCACUUCAUAAGUAGUCACCAUACUAGUUAUAAAAAGCUUCUUGAUGAGCAUAACCUUGGUCAAGUGGAAGGUUGUUGUCUUGAUACAAUCAUUUUCAUCCAUUCUUUAUUAGUUCGCUAGAAGGUACAUGCUCGAUUGUUGUUGCAUGUAACUUGAAUGAUUUCGUCUCCAUAGCUGUCCGUCUUGUUCAAAAUGUGGAUGUUUGCACGUGUACAAUGAGCUUGUUGGAAGCUGUGGAAAUCAUUAGUAAGUCUAUACAUCAACAUCAGGCACAAGGAACUACCUGUUCCUAUAUGAUUCCUGAUCAUCAAUCCUUUUUCGCUCAAAUUGCAAUGUUAAAACAUGUUACAGUUGUAAGUUUUAAACCAAAUCUUUGAAAUCACUGCCAAAAACCAAGUGGUGGUAGAAAAGAAUGAUUUACCUUUGUAAAUUACUGGCUUUAUUUUGGACCUUAUUUGUAUGUAGUGUUGCAAAUGUUUUUUUUUGAAA